AUGUCAAAGUGGAGAAAGAUGGCACAUGGCGCGUGGGAGAGGAUGCUUCUUGAAAAUAUCGUAGACACAGACUCCAUUUGCCCAGACUACAGGGAUAUCUUUGUCGAUCCUUUGACAAUCCAGAAGCUGGAAAACGUCACCUCGCUCUCAUUGAGGAAGCCCAAAGCCUUUGGCCACGGCGUUCUUCGCUCGAACAGAAUCACAGGCGCGAUCCUUUAUGGACCUCCGGGUACUGGAAAGAGCCUCCUUUGCAGGUGUUUGGCAAGACAGUCCAACAUGAACAUGCUUGUCGUUUCGGCCGCAGAGAUGUGGCAGAAGUGCUGGGGAGACGACGAAAAGGUCAUCAAGGCUAUAUUCUCCCUGGCCCGAAAGCUUCACCCAUGCAUUGUCUUCAUCGACGAGGCAGACGCCAUGUUUGGAGUUCGCAAGGGAGGCGAACAGAGGCACAUCCGCUCUAUGAUCAACCAAUUUCUUAUGGAGUGGGAUGGGCUGGCAACUGAUGUCAAAGCCCCCUUCAUCCUGCUCGCGACAAACAGGCCGUUUGAUCUCGACCCCGCUGUGCUGCGACGCGCUCCCGUGCACAUUCACAUGGACCUGCCGACGACCGAUGAGAGGCUGGGCAUUCUCAAGGUCCUCCUCAAGGGCGAAAAGCUCGGGUCUGACAUCGACGCUGGUAAAUUAGCCAAGAUGACGCCCCGUUUCUCUGGCUCUGACCUUAAGAGUCUCUGCGUUCAGGCUGCUCUCGAAUGCGUUGGCGAACAGUCCGAUGACACCGACGUCCGCGUUGUUGAGCGGCGGCAUUUCAUGUCCGCGUUGCAAUCAAUUCGGGCGACGGGCAUGACCAAGACUACGGCAGCCCAAUAUGAAAAAUUCGAGAAGCAUGCUAGGAAUCAGGAGGCUGGAGAAGAGUAUUAA